GGGAGUUUUUUGUGAGCGCCGGAAGUGACGCAUGCUGGAAGAGCUGCUCCGUGCCGAACGUCUUGCGACCCAGGCGCCGGCAUGAAGGCGACACGCGCGGGGAAGGCCUCACGGGGAGCAGGCAAGGAGGGCAAGAGACCGGAAGCCCCUGCAUCCCCAGAAGACUAUGUGGUGGGGCAAGUGGCCAACAGUUUGCUUCCAAAGAAGCCUGCAGCUGAUGGAGCAGAGCCCCUCUCACGUCUCUUUGCUGCCCCAGAAAUAAAGCCAGUGUUUGUUGCUGUGCCAAGAGAAAAUAAGAAACGGAAGCAUGCAGAAGUGGAAAGGGCAACAGAAGAUCAGAGUUCAUUUACUAAGCAAGAAUCCCAUGUAAAACUCAAAAAAAACAAAAAAAAGGAACUUUCUAUAGCAGAGAAAAAGGUGGCAAACAGAGAGUGUGCACUGGAACAAGCAGAUGAAGAGGAAGAGAAACAGAUUAAUCGCAAAAAGAAGCUGAAAAACCAAAAUCCUGAUGCCGUCAUAAAAAGCCUUGAUAGUCCAGAAAAGGAAGCUGGUGUAAAACAACAUAAGAAAAAACAAGUCAGUCAAGCAGAGAUGUUAAAAAACAAAAGAACUGUGUUCGUUGGGAAUUUACCCAUCCACUGUACUACACAGAUGCUGACGUCAGUUUUUAAAGAGUAUGGACAAAUAGAGUCAGUUCGCUUCCGCUCUUUGGUUCCAGCAGAGGAUACUUUAUCCAAAAAGCUAGCAGCUAUAAAACGUAAGCUUCAUCCUAACAUGAAGUAUGUUAAUGCUUAUGUGGUCUUCAAAGAAGAAUGUGCUGCCAACAAAGCUCUAACAAAAAAUGGAACACAGAUUGCUGAAGGAUUCCACAUGAGAGUUGACCUUGCAUCAGCAGCCAAUUCUCAUGACAAUAAACGGUCUAUAUUCUUGGGAAAUCUCUCAUAUGACCUUGAAGAUGAUGCUGUGCGAGAGCACUUUUCUGAAUGCGGAAAUGUAGUGGCAGUGCGAAUUGUGCGAGACAGAAACACCGGCAUAGGCAAAGGCUUUGGCUAUGUUCUUUUUGAGAAUACAGAUGCUGUACAUCUUGCCCUGAAACUGAACAACUCUGAACUGAAAGGAAGAAAACUAAGAGUGAAGCGCUGUGCUGAGAAGGAAAAAGUACAACAGAAAAAUUCAGACAGUGUAAGGAACUUUCCUGAUCUUAAGCACAAAUCAGGUGCCACAUUAAAAAAUGCAAAAAGCUAUUCCAACAAUUCAUUUGCUGGUGAAAAAGCCAGCCCAAUACAGAAGAACAAAAGAAAGAGACCAAAGAGCGUGACUAAAAGAAAAACUGGGAAACACAAAUAGCUGUGGCAUCUUGGUAUGUUGGAACGUGCAAUUUUUAAAAAAAUGUUUAAUAGAACCCCAAGAGCUGUUUCUUGCAUAUAAAGUUGUGUCACCACAUCA